AUGUCUUUUAAUUACGAAGAAAUAAGCCACAAUGAAGCAAAGGAUCUUCUCCGUCAGUGGAGGGAAAACAAUGAGAGGAGAGGCAAAGAAGUGCUGGAACUUUGGGAUGUGGUUCUCAGAGAAGAUGUAAACAAACUUGGAAACGAGAAACAUGUUAUACUGGAGCAAGUAAUCUAUGCAGCAUUGGACUGUCACAUGUACUGCAUAGCAAUGUUGUGCCUCGUGAUGCUAUCCAAUGAGUUUCCUGGUAGCCUAAGAGUUAUGAAAUUAAAAGCAGCUGUUUUAGAGGCAGAGGAGAAGUUCGAUGAAGCUUUAGAAUUACUGGACAACAUAAUCAAAGUAGAUGAAACUAAUUCAGCAGCACGGAAGCGCCGGAUCGCCAUUCUGAAAGCUCAAGGUUACAUAGUCGAAGCCAUCAAGGAACUUGUGGACUAUUUGAAAAAGUUUAUGUCAGAUGUGGAAGCCUGGCAAGAGCUUUGCAACCUGUACCUUCAGGUUCAGGACUACUCGCGUGCCGUGUUCUGCGCCGAAGAACUACUCCUCCAUCAGCCUCACAGCCACUUGCAUCAUCAGAGGCUAGCUGAUAUUCGGUACACAAUGGGCGGCAUCGAAAAUCUGGAGUUGGCAAAACUGUAUUACUGUCAGUCUGUGAAACUCAAUCCAGAUAAUAUGAGGUCGCUGCUGGGUCUGUACUUGACAACAACAAAUCUACUGAACCACUACAAAUCAUCAGGGAACAGUGGCAAGCGCAAGGAAGUGUGGAAACUGUGCCACUGGGCUCAGUCCAAGGCAACCAAACAAACUCAGCCGACAAGUCAACUGUCCCAGAUGAUGCUAUCGUUGGCCAUAACUGAAUAAAUUAACUGGUAUCUUUCAUUAUGUGAUGUCUCUUGGAACUCAGCAUCGAGGUUUCUGGUAGUCACAUUAUGUAUGUUGAUAAGUGUAUUUCGGAUUAAUAUCAAUUAGAAAUCUAUUAUUAUAGUAACAUUGCUUAGAGGAAUUGCGGAUACCAGGAAAUUGGAAUGAUAGGCUUUGACAUUAUGUGUCAAGGUCAGAGGCGACAGUCACGUUGUCAUGUCUAUGGACCUGGUAACUGUUUACCAUCGGAUUAGCUCUUUCAAUCAAUAUAUUAUGCAAUAAAUCAAAAAUAUUAAAAAAACACAAGGACAAUGUACUGGGAGACAUGGAGAAACAGGACAAUAUGUUUUUUAUGAACUUAACACACUCCGCGUUUUCCUCUUGGGCUAAUUUAAAGAAAAUAUUUGAUACAUUAAACAUUUCAAUAAAUAUUUACGAUUGUAUCUAGUUUAAUAAUAUUAUCAUUGGGUUAAAAACAAAUAAAUUUGGUUCGUUUCAAAUGUUACAUAUAAUAUAUAGUUUUGGAUGGUUACUUGCAUAGUUGUGAUGUGUGUAUGGUUUGGUUUAAAGUAAUUUAAAUCAAUAAAAUCGGAUGAAAAUUCGAGACCAGGUAGCCUUAGUUUUAAUAAAUAUAACCAGGAAAUCUGACUAUGAACACUGGCGAACUUCGUCAUCUAUUGACCUCCUGAUAAGAAAAUUAUUUCACAGUAUUCGUGUGAGAUGCUAAGGUACGCGCCUAAGGUGUUAUUCGUCAACAUGUAUUUGAAUAUUCCUCUAAUAACCGUCUUAUUUGAUAUGAAAUAAUCAUUAUUAUUCAUUGAUAUAAAUUAUUGGCUUGGCUCUUGCAAUCUGUGUUGCCGGUCUCAAUGUUUCACUUAUAUUUAAUUUGAAGCAUUUUAAAAUGUUUAAAGUAUGUUCUAUAAUUUAAAGACUUAAUUUAAAAUAUUAUGUAAGUAUU